GAGUUCUGUUUCUCUCUCCUUUUCUUGCUAGAUUUCCUUCUUUACUCUCUCCCUCUCCUUCCUCCAGUAUCGGAUUACCACGGACAACGAAGAGAGAGAGAGAGAGGAACGAGAGGCUGCAUCUUCACCUUCGCCUUCACUUCCACCUGCGCGAGAAGCCUGCAUUAUCCUCUCUCUCUCUCUCUUUCUCUCUCUGUGGCAAGAAACAAGAACCCCCACCUGCGGGCAUUGGAAGAAACGAGGCUCACUUUCGCUGUAGCUGCUCUGCCUCUGGUGGUGGUGGUGGUGGUUUUUUUUUUCCUUCUUUCCAGAUGCGGGAUAAGGGGGCGAGCUCGCCGCCGCCGCCGCCGCCGUUUCAUCAAUGGGUCCACCGGCCGAGCUCGGCGGUGCACUGGCGGUUCGGGGUGCUGAGCGCCUUUGUGUUUGUGGGCAUGUUGGUGGUCUGGAGCAUAGAUGGGUGCACGAUAAACGGGCUUCUUGACGCAUGGAGGUUUAGGCAAGAUUACGAGUCCAUAAAGGUCCGACCUUCUAAUUCUGAUCUAUCGUUUGACACCCAUCAAAAUCAGACGGUGACCCAUCAAGGGUUGACAUCGAACACCUCACGACGACUUCCUGUUGAUCUCUCAAGCAAUGUUACCCAAGUCUCGGUUAAUUUGAAUGAUAGCUCAGAUUCUGGUGGUUUUGUGGAGGAGUCUCCCCAGAAGGAAGAGAAAAUUGUGGUGGAUGAAGUUGUUCCAGAUUGGGUUUCCGCCGAAUUGGAGCCCAACUUCGCCUCCAAUCUCCUCACGAGGUGGUUGGCUCCCGGGGGUGAGCCUUGUAGGGAUUCCAAGACGGAGGAGAUUUCGAUUCCCGGGAUAGAUGGUAAGGGUUCGAUCGAAUUGUCGGCCGGGGCUGUUCACGAAUUCGCUUUCACCGCGUUGGAUGGGGCCGGAAAUUUGCGGUGUCUGGGUGGUGAUUAUUUUGAGACCGAUCUUUCCGGUGAGUCUUGGAAGUCGAGGCCCCUGGUGAAGGAUUUUGAUAAUGGAUCUUAUUCGGUCUCGCUUCAGGUUCAUCCAGAUUUCGUGGGGGAUUACAAUCUGACGAUCAUCCUGCUGUAUAGGCACUUUGAAGGGCUCAAGUUCUCGCCGGGACGGUUCGUGUUUGAUCGGGAGCUUAGAAAGGUCUCAAUCAGGUUCUAUAAGAACGAGGUGAAACUGCCAGAGCUGCAUCUUUGUGGGAAAUCUGAUUUUAGUAAGGAUCUUUGGUUUGGCCGCUGGACCCGGCAUGGCAAGAACGAUGAUUGCCAAAUCGGCAAUGAUGGACGUUACCGGUGCCUUCUGCCGGAUUACAAGUGCCAAAGCCCGUGGUGCGAUGGCUUGUUAAGCCUUUUAGAGAGUAAUGGUUGGGUAUAUUCGGCGCACUGUUCAUUCAAGAUAUUUUCGCCUGAUGCUGCCUGGAAUUGCUUGAAGGACCGCUGGAUCUUCUUCUGGGGUGAUUCGAAUCACGUUGACACGAUUAGGAACAUGCUCAAUUUCAUCUUGGAUUUGCCCGAAAUUCAAUCAGUCCCUCGAAGAUUCGACAUGAACUUUUCGAACCCUAAAGACUCUUCUCAAUCUGUCAGGAUCACGAGCAUCUUUAAUGGUCAUUGGAAUGGGACGCAAAAUUAUGAGGGUCUCAACUCACUGAAGAACGAAGGGUUCCGCAGCUUAUUGAAGAAGUACUUCUCGGAAGACACGGUACCAGACACCAUAAUCAUGAAUUCCGGUUUGCACGACGGUGUCAAAUGGACCAACGUAAGGGCGUUCUCGGUUGGAGCACAAUAUGCCGCCUCUUUCUGGGCAGAGGUGAUGGAGGGGGUGAGGCAGAGGGGCUUGGCCGUGCCGAGGAUUUUCUAUCGUACCACAGUGGCUACAGGUGGCUAUGCCCGAGCGCUGGCAUUCAAUCCUAAUAAGAUGGAGGCGUACAAUGGGGUGGUGAUUGAUAAGUUCAGACAAGCCGGGUUGGUAUCCGGCGUGAUCGAUAACUUCGACUUGACCUACCCGUGGCACUUUGAUAACCGGUGCAACGACGGUGUCCACUAUGGCCGCGCCCCAGCAAAGAUGAAAUGGAGGGAUGGGGAAAUUGGGCACCAGUAUUUCGUGGAUCUCAUGUUAGCCCAUGUGCUGCUCAACGUGCUAUGCUCGAGAUAGGAUUGGAAAAGGAAAACAUCCUCGAUUGGGAAAAUUUUUUUGGUACAUUCUGAGGAGAGAGCAUCUGAGAACAGAUGUUCUUGCACACACCGAAGUCUCACAAAGUGCAGACAUGGCGGACCACGAAGAUGCGAGGGCUUAGUCACGGUAGUCGGUGGCCAAGUACGUAGCACUAGCAUAAUUCAGUGUGUUGGUUGAUGUUCGUUAGCAUGAAAGCAUCAUCAUUCUUUGAUUUUUCCAGCUUCCUCGGUGAUUUCGGAUGUAUGUAUACUAUUUCAUAUACACGAUAUAUCGAUAUCUGUAUAGUAUGAGAAAUUCCUGAUUGUUCAA